AUGGCACAAUCUGACGUUGGGACUUUUACUAAAGGUCAGUCAAGUAAAAAUUAUUUAAAAAUAUGUAAUUUAAUAAAAUAGCAUUUCAAUCACGAUCCAUUGAAAAAAAAUUAAAAAAAAUAGUUUGUUGUUUAUAUUUUUUUCACAUAUUUACACAUCACUUAAUAAACAACACCGCAUAUUUCAUACUUUGAUCAAUUUGAGUUGGUAAUACUAUUGUAUUGUGUAGAAUUUUACGAUAUACAGUUUUGGUGCCAGGCCAAAUAAAAUUAAAACUUAAAACAAUACAAUUUAUUCACCAUAGGUCAAUAUGUAUCUACAUUUAAAAAAAAUGAAAUAUGCAUAUUACAUACAUUAUAAAAUACAACGGAUUGGCUAUAGUUUAUCACACGAAAAGUUUUAAUAUUGUAUUUCAAACUGUUAAAAAGAAAUAUAGCAUGAAAAAAAGACAGCGUACCUCAUAAAUAUUGAUAUAGAAAAGCCCCAUCAAUUUUUUUCGAUUUCAUCUAUGGAGAUUAAAGAUAUGUCGUGAUAUACAUUUAUGGAUUUUUGUCUACUGUGAGAUGCGUGAUAUUGCUUUAUAAGUGAAUACGUAUUUACGUAAAAUUCAAAUAAAAGUAAUUAAAGUUAGGACUUAACAUAUUAAUGAUGUUAUGUAAAUCAUAACACUUUAUUAAAAUAUUAAUUUAAACGAUUUUGAUAAUUUUAUCAUCAUCGUUCGUAUUAUUAUAUUAUAUUUUUUUCCAUGUAUAAAAGACAAACAUGUUUUAAACGUCUCAAAUAAUGAAGUUAGUUUUAGUUUGAAAUGUUUAACAAAGCGUAAAUAUUCAAAUCAUUUGAUACAUUGUUCCACCAAGUUCAGUAACAGAAAUUUUCACAAAAAAAAAACUUAUAAAUUAGUUUCAUAAAAAUAUUGUUCCCUUUUCAGACCGUGUAUAUGCGAAACGACCUUUUGCAACUGGGAGUUUAUUAACUUCCUGCCCCUUUCAUUUAAUUUAUGGUUUAAUAUAUAUGGUAUAUAUUCCCAUCAGCUAUAAUAACCGAACGUAUUUCGGAUUACUAAAUGCAGAUUUGAAAAAAAAAAGAUUAUAAAACAAAACUACUAAUAAUGAUAAAAAAAAAAAAAAAAAACAACAAAACGUUCAUUUAUUUAUUUUAUUUAGGGUGUACUACAUAAUUUAUUACAUUUAUACUGAUUGUGUAAUUACGGGAAAAAACUUAUUUUAUCAUAUUAAGCUUAAUUAGUUACCUAUUACAUUCGUUUUAACGGCAGAAAAUUGAUAUUUUAUACAAUUAUAGAAAAAAUAUUAUAUUUUUUUUAUUUCUUUAUUGAUGAUAAAAGUUUCUUUAUCGAUUAUACACGCUUAUGCAGUGGCAUUUGACUCGAGAUUAAAAUGUAAAAUUUAAUCCGUCGAAAAUCGAUUUUAUAGCUAAUUUAUUUCUAAUGGCAUCAUUAUUGUUAAUUUUAUGAAAGGCAGUUUAUUUAACAACAGUACUAAUACUAGUUUCGUAGGAUAACCUAACAACUAUACGAUAUUAUUUAUAACAGUAUUAUCAUAUCAAAUUUCACGGAAUAUAACAUGCUGGAAAAUUAUUAUAUUCCGAAAUCACGGCACGUUGCAUAGGCAAAUUUACUACGUGAAUGUGUUGUAUAAAAAAAGGCAGCUGCGAUCGAGUAAUAAUAAACGAAAAGAGUAGACGUCGAAAUAAUUCAAUUGGAUUUCCGAAAACCGUGUUGUGUAUAUUAUCAUCAUUGCAGUAAACUACAUACUUACCCAGAACUAGAGUGUAAAACUUUAUUUCACACGAUAUAAUACGAAUAAAUUGACACACGAAAAAAAGAAAUAAUAAAAUUGAAUAGAAAAAUACUUAAAAAAUACUCCGAUAUUAUAUUAUUAUCUAGUUGUAUUUCCGUCAUACAUGAUAUGCAUAAAUACAUAAAUAUGUCGAAUGAAUAACGCUAAAUCCAAAUUUUUACAUACGAUUUUAAUAAAACCAAACGUUUUAACCGAAGUUUUUAUUUGAAACAGUCGUUAUUACGUACAAUAGCUGCGCCCUGACUAAUAAAUAUUAAAUGAUUAAAGGUCGACUUGCAAUAAUUUAUUUUACGUCAGUCAUCUGAUAAUAGUUUAAUGCAACAACCAAUAAAUUAUUGAUAUAUAUUUAUAAUUUUUAAAAAAGACCAGAUCCUGGAAUAACGGUUUUGUGACAACAAGUAGUAUAGUUCCCAGGAUCUGGAUUAAUAGAUUAAUCACCUUUAUGAAGGAAAACAAUUCAUAAUAACAAUUUCAAUAAUCUAGAUUAAGACAAUUAAUCAGUAACUUUUUACCUAAAUUUUAAAAACUCAUAAUUUUAUUUAUUAUACCUAUUUAUCAUAAAACUAAAGUGCUAAAUGUGGUAAAAUGUGUACAUAUGUGAGGUUUAAUCACAUCAUCUAGCUAUCAAAGAUUGUGUAUAAUUGAUGUAACUUAAUAAUUUAUAUGUUUAAUUAUAUUUAUAUAAAUUAAAAAAUUUACCUAUUUAUUUAAUAAUAUAUAUUAAGUAUCAUAAAAUUACGAUUUAAAAAUAUUUAUAUAUAUGAUUCGAUUGUUGAUAAGAUAAAUUAUUUAUUUUAUUUUAUCUAGACAAAAUAAAUCAAUAAAAAUACACAUAUCUAAAUAACUUAUCUACAAUUGUACGUAUAUUUUACAUAAAACAACAAAUUGGUCGUAAAAAUCAACUAUACUCUAAGUACACUGCAUAGCGUCAUUUGAUUACAUAGCGUGAGAUAAUGUAGCUGAUGAAUUUGCCCAUAUACGCUCUAUCCCUCGUACAGUUGCAAAUUUCGGAAUUUUGUUUUCACUCUAAAGAAGAUCCCCAUGCCGAUUUAGUCUAAUCGGUGAAAAACUAAGAGUUCUUUUACUUAUUGGGAGCUUACGCUACUUUAAUGCUACAUUUUUCAAAUAAUAUCACGCCCGGUUCGAUUUUCAAAUCGAAUAAUAUACCAAAUAUUUUCCAGGCCAUUUUGUUGUAUAAACAUCUAUUGUUGAACAAAUAGUAUAUAUAGAGAGAGAGAGGUAGCUAUAUAGUAUGAUUUAAAGAUUAAAAGAACACCGAGUGGUGCGACAGAACAAUAUUUUCGCGCCGUGAUGCGCAUUACUACCGCAAUACUUAAACCCGUAUACGUGUACACACAAAUAAAUAUACUCUAAAUCAUUAAAGCUAUAAUAAUAAACUAUCAGUUUGAUAUAGAUUUUGUUUGUUUGAUACAGUAUAAAACAAAUAUUACAGUAUUACAGUAGACGAAAAUAUAAUGUUGAGUUAAAAUCUGCAGAAAGAAAUUAUCGAAAGAAAUGAAAAUUGAACAUAUAAAAACAAUAACAAAAAAAAAAUAAUAAUAAUAAAAAUGAAAAAUAGAAAAAUUUCUGUUAUAAUAGGAUAUUAUUAUACUCGUAUCUACAAUGUAACGAUGAAAAACAAACAAAAUUUCAAAACAUUUAAAAUGUUUGAAAAAAAUGUACAAAUAAAAUCAAUAUAAUAUAAAAGAACGAGUAAAGGUAUCUUUAAAAAUAUUCGACCAUACUUCACGCCAUGAGUGGGCCAUAUGUUGUAAGUGGGAGGUUUAAAACGUACACGAUUUAUGGUUAAUUGGUUAAACAAUAACAACAAAUGUUUCCAAUUUAAACAACAUUUUAAGCGAAGGUCGAUAAACUGGUUAAACUCUACAAGGCUAUAGUAAAUUAAACAAGUUUUUUCCCCAUUGCAACCUAGAAAUUAACACAAAUGAAACCAAAUGUAUGUAAACAAAGUAGUUUUUUUUUUUUAAUUAUGUUAGAUAAGUUAAUAGGAAUUUAAAAAAUUUGUUGGAAUAAAGUACCACCGAAUAAAAAAUCUGCAUGUACGAUAUGAAUAAUUUGAAACAUUUUUAUUAACCGAAAAGUUAUUUUCCGUGACAACAAAUAUUAGUAAAACUUAUACAUAAACAUUUAAAAAAAAAAAAAAAAACCUAAUGUAUAUAAUAUGUAUUACAGUUAAUUUAUAAUAUUAUAUUAUUAUUUAUAAUAUUUGUAUACAUUUCGGUCGAUUUACGUAGGUAUUUAAAUAAAAUAUUUAUUAUUAUGUGUCUGUACAGGGAGGGUGUCCCACGAAAAUGUAACGCAUAUUAUAAAUAUAUAAAACGGGUAUAUUUUUGUGGGACACCCUGUAUAAUAACAUAGUCGGCAGAUAUGGCCGGUAUAAUAUUAUUAUGACAGAUUUUUCAAUAAGUUGUCACCGUUCUUACAUAAUUAAGUCGGGGUGGCCUAUACUAACAAAUAUUUGAUAAUGCUAUUGUUGAUCUUGCAGUGCGUUAUAUAAUAUUCAGAAGGUGCGGGAUAUCUCUCGUUGAAUUAUUCAUGUUGAAUAUUUCCGAACCCCUGUUCAAAGAAUUCAUAAUUAUUAUUACGGAAUAAUCCAGCGUUAAAAAAAAAAUCUCCCAUUAACUUAUAUACUCUCGGUUAUUGUUGAUUUAGUGUUUGUUUUCGUUGAAUAAAUUAGAGUAGUCGGUGGAAUGAUUAUAAUACUGCUGCAGGCGGUAAAAUAAAAUAUUUAUUUUAAAUUUUAACUCCGAAUAUAAUAAUAUAAUAAUAACACCAUUGAUGAUGAUUUGAGGAGGGGUAAAUUAUUUAAUAUUUUGCCAUGGCUAUAUACAGAGUGUGUAUCAUAUGCGAUAUUUGACAAUUGCCUAUGUAAUCACAUAGGCAAUUGUCAAUCCAGCAGAUACACUCUGUAUAUAUAUAUAUAUAUUAUAAUAUUAUCGUCAUAACACGGUUAGGACUUUCGAUUAAAAGUAAAUGAUUUUCAUACCGUUUUCGUCCCCCGUAAUUUCGACAAUAUCCGAGAAAAAAACACAUUUAUGUUUGAACAAAAAUCAGAUUACUUACUCUUCCCUUUUUUUUUCAUUUUUUUUUUUUUUUUUUAUAGAUAAAACCGUUAUUUUCAGCUGUCCACAGAAAUUGACAUUGAUCAUAUGGUCAGAUAUAUACCUUAUCAAUGUAUCGAUAGGAAUAUUCUUUAGGAAACGAAAAAAAGAUAAGAUAUUGGGAACGGGAGUGGCCACUAUUGUAGGUUGGAAGUUGAGAAGGUAGAAUACAUAAGGUUAUUUAAUUUAUAUCUGUAAGCAACGAUAAACCAUUUCUGACGAAAGACGAUGUCGAGCACAAUUCGGUAAUACAUAAUUUGAAGUGCCGUACAUAUCUGAGAUUUCCGUUUAAAUUUGAUUUUAAAACGCUUAUUAAAAAAACAAGUUGUCCGAUGAUUUUGAAAAUUUUACCACGUCUGAUAAGUACAAUAUAAAUAAUAAGUAUUAUUACCAAGUUUCAAGGCUCUACGUUUAUUUAUAAUCGAAAUACAGCAAAAAAAAAAACUCUUAAAAAUUAAAAUUCCUUAAAAACUCAAAAGUUGCUCAAAAGUUUUGGCAAUGAUACCGUAAGAAAGUAAAUCAAAAAGGCAAUAAAAAAGAUAUUUUGUGAAUUUUUGAUUAAAUUUUUUUUUUGGUAGAAAAGUUUUUAUAAAAUAAUAAAAUCGUCAAAUUCUAGGUUUUCCUACGUUUUUUCUCACUUAAGUGCUUUUAUUUAAAAAACAGCGUCAAAAAUCAAAAACUUUUCUGUUCAAAGUACCAUUUAGACAACUUGAGCUUUCAGAAAAGUUGUUACACGUAAAAAUUGGAGCAAGUUUAUUAGGAAAAAACGUGUCCACAGACUAGAACAAAGCACAAAAAACAAAAGAAAAAAAAUAAACAUCUUAGUAAAACCAAUAGCCCCUCGCUACGCUCGGAAUCUAAAAUCAGAUUAAGCAUUCAACUUUUUUCUUUGCAUAAACAUGUUUUUAUUGACAAAAGAAAACAUAAAGCGAACUCGUACCAGUUAGUUUUUCAAUUGACGUAACAUUAAUUAAUGAAUUAAUGUUUCGUUUUUCAGUGAUUGCGGUAAUGGCAAUACCUAUAGCAUGCAAUAGCUGAUAAUAACCAAUUCUGGAAUAGAAAUUACAACAAACCUUUUUUAAAUUUCAAAACAAAUUAAGUUGUCGGUUUUUUUUUUUUUUUUUUUUAAUUGAAGUAUAAAUUAAACAUUUUAAAAAUAAAUAAAUAAAAUUAAAACGUGGAUGCGAUAUAUUUUACCUUUUGUUUUGUCGUUUUAUAUAUAUGCAGAGAGGUAAAAAUCCAAAUUGUUAAGCUGAUUGAACAAAACGCUAGUGAAUCAAAUCGACUGUGAAAUUGGACAACACAUAGUGGUAUAUGUUUUUUUCCAGUUCACAUCCCAAUUUUUACGAAGAAUAGAACGCGUUACUCAAUAAAUAUUUAAGACAUAGUACCUCUCUUUCUCUCUCUUUCUCUUGAACUGCAGUUAUAACACGAUAUAAUAUACUACAAAGAAUUUUUACACAAUCUUUGAAAUUGUUUCUUAGCAUUAUUCAAAAUUAUAAUGUUUUCUUCCAUAAAAAUGAUUUUCAAAUGAGAUUUAAUUUUACUAUAAGGUAUUUUAAAUUAAAAUUGAAUUAUAUAUUUUUUUUUAAAUUUGAAAUUAAAUUUAAAAGCACUUCUUUGAACGUAUGAUAAAAAUGUAUUUUGGGUUUCCGAAAAGAAUUCACAUACUCACAAUUCCAAUUUUUUUUUUUUUUUUGCCGCAAUCACGCUGAAAUCAAUAAUUAAUUCGUGUUUUGAUAUGUUCAUAUUCAUAAUUGUAUGUACGCAAAAUAUGAUUUUAUUUACGACUGCGAUUGUUUAAUUCAAGUAUAACUGAUAUAUAAUUCGAUUUAUGCAGAAUUAUACUCAAAGAAGUGCAAAGUACAUUAUAAUGUUUAAAUUUUUUUUUUUGCAAUAACUUGUUUCAGUUCUAAGAAAAUAGCUUAAUACCUACAUUAUAAUAUAUUUCUCUAAACAUAGUAUAUUAAAUCAAUAACAUAGGUACCAAUAUAAAAAUAUUUCAGUUUAAAUAAAAUUACAUAAUACAGUAUAAUUCGUCAAUAUUUCUGAUAUAAAUUAAAAUUAAAUAUCGUUCGAAUUUAUUAAAAUACCAGUAGCUGAAUAUUUUGUUUACAUUGUUGUUGCACUUGUUACAUUGCUUAUAGCUACUGCAGUGGUCUUACGUAUUUAUUUAUAAUAUUUAUCAAACAAAGUUAUAAUUACCUACGUGGAUGUCUUCAUUUAUAUCAAGACGUCCACAGAUUAGACAGUUUUGUAGAUAAUCCAAAAAAAAAGGGUAGAAACUUCUGGACUUCUAUUACUUUUACUUUAUAUUAAUCCAAUUUCGAGGAUCUGUUUAUAGACUUUAAAUUUGUCAAAAAGGUUUUUGAUGUAACGAAUAUCUGAUAGUUUCAGAGAAAAUCGGGAGUAUACACUGUUAGUUUUACAAUAAUGUGUUUUUAUUUUUUUCUGUAAAACUUGUGUGGUAAAAAUAAUAGAAUCCGAAAAUAAAUCAAUUUAAUAAAUUUUGUAUAAUGGAAUAUAAAAAAAAAUGUAGGUAUUUAGCAAAGUAAUUUUUAAAAUUGUCCAUUGUGCAUCACAAAAACGAGUAAAACUGAAGUAUUAGUGAGAAGAAGUGUAAAAAAAAAAAAAAAAUAUUACAAAAUACUACAAAACCUGAGAAAUAAUCCACUUAUAUAAUCUAGCUACCAUUUAAAAACCAAACAAGUGAAAUAGAAACUCAGUUUUAGGUACUUAUCUUGGUUCGCUAUGUUUAACGCGAAACAAUGGCGUAUUAUUGUUUUUAAAAUUUAAUUUGAUAAACGCAGUUAUAUUCAAAAAAAAUUAACUGAGGGCUUAAAAAUUUAAACCAUUACUAUAAUUUCUUUAUUUCGGUUUUUUGUUAUUACUGCAGGAUAUAAAAAUAAUUCAUUUAAAAGAAAAUUAUAUCUAAAGUACCAUCUGUAUUUAAUUACAUAUUUAUUUUAAAUAUGGUGCAUGGUAUUUUUAAAAUAUUUAUACUAUAAUAAACCAAUAAAUUUAAUUAAAUUUAAAAAUUCAUGAUGUGCUUUUCUACUGUAAAACUCUGAUAAAACAUAUAGUUAUUUUACUUUGUUUAAAAUGUAAAAUUACCAAAUUAAUAUUUAGGUAUUUGUUUAUUUUAUUUAUUUUUUAUAUUCAUCAACAUGUUUAACUAUAAAAAAAAAUCACUAAUAUUAGUUUUAACCAGAAACCAUAGUAUACAUUGUAUAACAAAUACAUUUUUUUAAAUUUAAUGUUUCAUUCCUUCUAUUUUCGGGUACCAUACAAAUACCAUUAGUUAAUUUAUAAUGAUCAAUGAUAAUCAAGUUGGUGUUUUUUUUUUUUAUUGUUUCCUUGAAAAAUUAUAAUAAAAGUGAAAAUUUUAAAUUAAAUUAUAAAUAUUCAUCGAAUGUUUUACAUAAAUGUAAAAUCUAAUCCAUAAGUACGUCUACCCACUAGGUACCUACAAGAGUUUUUAAUUUUAUUCAUUACUUUACAAGACAAAUAAAAUAUUAAAACACAUAUAGCUGUGGUUGAAAGGUAAACUCUUAUAUAUAUAUAUAUAUAGCUUUAAUUUAUUGCAAUUAAAUUACAAAUUACAAUUAAUAAUUAAAACAUGAACAUGAUAAUUCGUACUAAUGUACAAAUAAUGCUGUGUAUUAAAAUGUAAUAAUUAUAAUUCACUUAUUUUGACUUUGCUUCUAUCGAAAUUAAUUUAAUAAUAAUAUAAAUAUAAAUCGCAUAUACUAUAUAAAUAGGUAAUUAUUUUUAUAAAUAUUUUUACUAAUAGUGAAAACCAUCGGUAGGAAACUAAGUUUCUACUCAUACAGUAUGCAUAUAAAUGUUAUGUUAAAUUGUAUUCGAUCUGCUGGUAGGCGUAAAUAAAAAAAAAAAAUUCAUAUUUCAAAAAACCACCUAUUUCCCUAAUUUUUACAUUUUUAUCCAUAUAACACAAUUAUAUUUCAUAAUUUAAGAUUAUAUUAAUAGUAUUUUUUGUUUGAUGUUUUAUAAAUAUUUGAAUUCUUUAUCCCUGCAAAUAAUACAAAAAAAAAAAAAAAAUUUGAUUAUCUUUAUUAUCUCAGAAGAUAUUAUAAUACCUCUUCGUGGAACACUCUGUACAUAGUUAAAUUGUUUUUAAUUCAACUUGCCAAAAUAAUAGUCAAAAUAAUUCAAAACGUGAUGCAUCAAAACUUCGUGAGAUAAAAAAUUCUAAAUUGACUGACGUAAUACAUAAACUACUACAAAUAUCAUAUUAUUUAUUUAUUUCCAAUUCUGAGCGAAGUGGAAAAUGUAAAGGUUUUUCCAGUGGUAGUUAUAAGUUUAAUCGUCGUAAUAAUUGUAAAUUUAAUUUUAAAAUAUUGGGAAAAGUUAUGGGCUCUCUAACAUUAUUGCCUCAUGAUUUUUUGUUUGUCAUUUUCAUCCUCUCCCCCUUAAAUGUCAGUUAUACCCAUCACUGAGUUUUUGCAUAUUGUGUUUUAUUUGGAUAUCUGGAAACAAAUUUUCUACAAAAUGUCUUGCUCCAAUCGAAAACUAUAUAGCAAUUUUAAUUUAAUUUAAUUUAAGACCAUUUUUUAUUUUGCUGGCAGUUUCUUAAUAAAUAGGAAAAACUAUCAAUGUUUAUAUAAUUUUUGUUGAGGGUUAUAUAAUAUAAGAGAACAAAUAUAACUGCUCAGAAUCUUUUUUUGUUAGCGGUGGCUUAUCGUUCUGUACAGAUAUUUGUUAAAUUAUUUUAUUUAUUCUCCCUUUCAAUUUCUCUUCUUAAACAUUAGAACACCCAUCAGUAUAAUACCACGUUUUGUUUUAUUAGUAUACUUAGAAGUAUACUGAAAUAUUAUAUAAAUAUCUGUGUGUAUUGAAUAGUAAAAUAUGAUUAAAAAAAUUUUUUAUUUAACUUAAUGAAUGGUAGUUCAAACUGGUUUUUCUUUUAUAUCGAAUCCAAAUGAAUAUAUUUUAAUAAAUAAAAGGUCUGUUUUGAUUGCAAACAAACUAAUUUAUAACAUUGGGUGAAACAAAAUUUGUACUAUUAUAAUUUAAUUAUGUAUGUACUAACGUUAUAUUUUAUAUAUAUUCGCGUUUACUUAAUCAUAAUUAUUAUCCAAUAGGUAACUCAUUAACAUCUGAAAACCGAUUAGUAAAAUACAUUGUAAUUUUAAGACGGCAAUUAUUUUUUAGUUUUUAUUUUCUGUAAUACAAUAUACCAAGUAUGUCUAUUUACCGUUUUAAAAUUAAUAAAUAAAUAUAAAAAUAAAAAAUAAACGAUCGUAGCUAUAAUAUAAUUAUCUAAGUAAAACAAAUUUAAUUUUAUAUUUACGAUUUUUGAAUAUAAAUGGUUAUUUAAACUAAUUUAACAUACAUUUUAUCUAAAGAACAUCUAAUAGUUUUCAAAUUGCAUUACAAUUUUAAUUUAUAUUGGCUUAAACAAGCGUCCCCAAGAAUAUUAAUGUCAGUUAAAAGGAAAUAUUAAAUAUAAAUAUAAUCGUGUUAUAUUUAUUAAUUCAUAAUUUUAGUUUAUUAUAAGUUUAACGUCGAAUAAUAAUAUUAUCAAUAAGAACUUAAAUUAGAAAAUAUAAUUGUAUUUUAUAAAUAAAAAUUUAAAAAAGACAGCCUAGGAAAAUGUGUUAGGGUGCAGCCACUGUUAUAGGUAAUUUUAUGUAUAUCUGUAAAUAACGACAAACCGUUGCUAACAAAAAACCUAUUCUAAGUGCAGUUCAAUUGAUAAUGAUGCCUUGCCAACAAUAGAAGUCAUAUUAUAGUAAAAUAAUUAAAUAGGUAUUUGUUUAAUAUUGUACCGAUUUUCCCAUUUUCUUUUGCGUUUUUCUCAGUUGUUUCAUGUUUUUUUCCGGUUUUUCACAUUUGCAGGGAAAACUCUUAGGAAAAUCGAAAAAUUACUUUUUUAAAGUAAGAUUCCCAGUCAUAUUUCCUUUUUUUUUUUUAAAAAAAAAAAAAAAGAAAAAUUGCUAUUCUUGUAAACCGGAACAACCGGUUUGUCAACCGGUAGAAAAGUUGUCUACAGAAAAAAAUCUUAAUAUUUUACUAAUGCAUUUGUACAUUUUCCCGUUUUUUCUUUGUUUUUCAUGAUUUUUCCCAUUUAUUGGGAAAAUCGAAAAAUGACCUCCUUAAGUUAUCAUAAAAAUAACAUUUCAUUUCCAAAAAUGAGCUACACUUGAUACAUCAGAGCAAGAUUUUUGGUAGAAAAUAUUGCAUAACAAAUCUAGGGGUAUUUUACGAUUAAAAUAGUCCGAGCAAUUGAUGGCUUGGGUCUUUAGGUACACCCAAAAUGCAUUUGUUUAGAUAAAAGAGAAAAAAAAAUGCAAACAAUAUUUUUUUUCUUGAAACACGGAUGUGCACUCGCAUACCCUAGAAUAAAAAUUGCAUAACCAUUCAGCUACAAAAAACUUACUAUAAUAAAGACAAUAUUUAGUUAUUUAACAUCACAUAUAAUAUUUGAAUAUCAGAAUUUUAAAAAGCUAUAAUUUCGAAACUUAGUCAUUUCCCGUUUUUCUUACGUUUUAUCCUGGUGUUUCCCAUAUAUCAUGGAAACCGCUUUGAAAAUUAAAAGUUUACCUCCCGAAAAUACCAUUUGCACCAAAUUUCCUUUCAGAAAUAGAGCUGCGUGUAAGAUUUCUGGUAGAAUUUUUGUACACAGUAUAAAAAAUAAUAAAAAAUAAUAAACAUCAUAGUAAAACCAAUAAAUUGUUCAAUAAAUAUUUUUCAAAAUCAGUACUAGGUAAUUAUUUAAAAUAGGUAUUUUGUUUUAUUUUAUUAUUCUACACCUACCUGCAGAUCGAAUAAAAUUAAACGUUUAUAUGAAUACUGAUCGAGUAGAGUUAGUUACCUACUUAUGUUUUUCACUAUGAAUAAAAAUAUUUAUACAAAUAAUAUUUCUUUACGAACUAUUAUUAUGUAAGAACUAAGUAAACAACACUUGUAUUCAGAGUGUAGUGGAAUAUUUAUGACUUUUCUUUGGUUGGAGGGGGGGGGGGGGGUUAACACAAUUUAAGCGGCUAAGAGUUUACCGAAAUUAUACCGAAAAACCACUAAAAUUAUAGAAAUUGUGUGCCUCUGGGGAGGAAGCGUGGAAACCCUUUACCACACUCCCUCCCCCUAAAUAUACCACUUACAGCGUGAUUCAUCUAUCACGAUCCAUUACCAUAAAUCAUAAUUAUGAUUAAUUCGCCGUACCCUUCAUCCCUACUCGAACCUAUGUUGAAAUGGAGGGUUUAUUAUCAUUUAAAAAUCAAAAUUUAAUACUCAUAUAAUGAUAUUGAGGACACAGAAAUAUUAAAAUAUUAGAUAUUGAAACAAAGCUCAAACGAUUCCAUAAUGGUAGGAAAAAAACAUAAAUCAAAUUUAUUUAAAAUCCUCCGAGAAAAUCACUGAUAAAAUAAUCAUCUUGUAGAUUAUGAACACUUUACCCGGAUAAAAUUACUUGGAAUUUUUAAAAAUAGCUAUGGAGUAUAAAACAAAUAUUUAUGCAAGGCUUUAUGUAUAAGCACAUAAUAUAUAUAUAUAUGUUCGUACAGCGGUGUGUAUUUUAGCGUACCUAUUGCCUAAUGCCGGGAACGAGUAAUUUUUUUUUUCUCCCGACGAAAGUCAUUACGUUCACCUCUCAGCUAAUUUGUCACAAACGUUUAAGAGCCGUAAAUUAAUUACAUUUUCUAGCGAUCGAAUGAAAAGUUGCUUUAUAUACGUUGUAUUGUAUACGGCAGCGGCGUAGUGAUUCGAGCAAUCGUUUGUCAGGAUUAGAAGAGAGCGCUUUAAAUGUCUCCCUUCUCCCCCUCCUCCUCCUCCUGCUCCUCCUCCUCUUUCGCAACGAUGUUUUUCGACCGACGCUCUUUGUCCUCGAUGUCGUCCUCUUUCACUAAUUUUAUUUCAUUAAAAUGAACAACGGGAGUGCGACGGGAAGUUUGUUCGAAAACAAAGACACGCUUCAUCGAGUGUACGAGUAAAUUAAACUUAUUAACGACGGAUUUAUAUAAAAAGAACUCCCUUAGAGCUGACUUGUUGUGUGGGUUAAGUCGGGUUAGUUUGUUGUACGUCUGCUUUUACGUUGUUAUAAUUAUUCUAAAAUCAAAAGAACGAAACCAUUUUAACCUAUAUAUGGUACUCAAUAAUUGCGAACGUGCGGAUUAAAAUAACACACGGUGUUGAAUCCAGGUACGUGACACGGGGGACGAUAGCCCUCCCUGGGCUAAUAAUCUUAAAUAAGCAUAAAAAAAAAAAAAAGUCAUUGCUACAAUUUUAGUGAUACCCCCUCCCCCCAGAAAAAUUGUCUGGAUUCAACACCGAUAAUACACAUAUUAUAAUAAGUAGGUAACACCUACGUGACGAAUAAUAUUAUAUGUAUAAUAUUAAUGAACAUUAAACUCAAACGGUUUCUAUUAUUGCCCCUACCGUUUAAAGAGCGAAAAAGUGAUCUUAUCUUGUAAUACGGGAACUAUGCAAUUGAUUCCCGGGACAAAAAAAAAAAAAUGUUCUUAUUGGUCCCCGAUAAAAAUAAACAGCGCCGUAAAACUGUUCGAAUUGGUUGCCGUACGUGCAAAUAGAAUUGUUUUUUUUUUUAUCGCGGGAAAAUAUAGAUCGUUCUCGUAUCGUUAGCGAAAACUUGCUAAUCCAUCAAAAUCCGUUUCAAUAUCGAAAUUCGCCAAAUCCAAACCCUACGAUUUUCGUCCGGCUUUUCGGUUUGAACACAAUUUUUUUAUCAACUGUUUUCUAGACGAGUGCCGGUAACGUCUAAACGAAAUUGUUGCCGGUUUGUAAAUUCCUCGUGCGCACCGGUGCACCGCGCGAUAUUUGUGCACAAUAAAUCGAUGUUUAACGUCGCGCAAAAUGUGUAAAAACGAUGAUGUGGCAUGUCGAUUUGUACGGGGAACUCGCGGGGAACAUCACGGAAUGGUCUUUGUUGUUGAGUCCGUUCGAAAUAUCCGUUGAGUAAAAUAAAACAACCAGGCGGCGGAUGCAAUAGGAUGGCGCGACCUUGUUGCACAGCCGAUUUAGCGAUUCGAAUUUUAGAUUUUUGGAUCACGCGUUAACAUUGCCGUCGGGAAAAUCGCCACACCAACCGGUGACAAAUGAAACGUUUUCCGACGUUGCCGCGUUCGUUUGAAUGGUUCGUCUCGUUCGUGCACGGACACAAUAGUCGUUACUGCAGUAUGUGCAUAAGCGAACGGUUCGUGCGCCGAUACGAUUCGAACGAGCGUUGAGGAUAGGGCAAGACGUAUCGGAUCGGGCCGGGGCCGGUGCGUCUCCGUCGCGGGCUCGAAAUAAAUAUCGUACAGGGGGCCACCGCGCGCAAACGUUUUUUUUUUUUUUUUUUUAUAACAAGGCCCGUAUGUUAUGGUAUUUUCCACCCGAACGCGCGAUGUCGUUAUCCCGAAAAUAACUCGCGGUGUUACUCGGCGCCCGCGUGUACGGGACGCGGAUUGAAAACGGGGAGCACGGCGACGAUACGGCCCGGUUUAGGGCGCGGGCGUGCAGGGUAUUAUAAUAUUAUUAUAAUAAUAUACGUCAAAGGAUAAUAAUAAUAAUAAUGCGGGCCGUUGGAAACGAAAACGGGAUUCCGGUAAAACGCGCCGCGUAUUCCGGGCCGUAUUAUGGGUUUUUUUUUUUUUUUUAAACAAAAUAAUAUAAUAUUCGAACAUAUCGCGUAUGUGUGUGGAGAUACAUAAAUGUAGGGGCGGUCGCGCGUAUAACGGAUAUUUUACCCGCCGCCAAUGCCGUCUAUAAUAAUAAUAUACUUUCCGGAGAGCGGAGAGAAAAAAAUAAUAAAAAAGCGUUUCGGAAAAGGCGCGCGUCGGCGGCCGCCCCGUGAGCGCGUACGCGCACACGCGCACGCGACCCGAAAUUCGGGCGGCGAAACGGGCGCGUGUGGGCGCGUACGCACAAAUAAAGCUCGCGGAACCCGAGAGUGACCGUUGAUAAAAAUAACAAAAGAUAAUCUCUAAAAUAUACCGGGUGCGCGGGCGCCUGGUGGUGGGGGGGGUGGGGGGUAUAAAUUAUCUGUCCGUCCUGAUGGACACCGCCGCCGCCGCCGCCGUCGCCGAGUGACGGAUGAUCGCCAUUUCGUGCGGAAGGCCUUUCGGAUCGUACGCGCGCGCACGCACACACAUACACACACUAACACGCGAGCACACACGCACACGCACACAUACACGUAAGCGCGCGCGGCGCGGUAUUAUAGGUAACGAUGCGUGACGAUAACCGCUCGGUGCAAUACUUCACGCGGCGACGAGAGCCCAGAGCCGCGUGUCGAUAUAAAUUUAUACGGCGGUCAUAUUGUUAUCACAGCGCGCGUGCUCGCCCAUAAUAUAAUAUCGUCCACGCGCGUAUUAUUAUUACUGUUGUAAUACAUUUCGCGUAGCACCGCGAAUAUGACCGCCGGCGAGGGUCGGCGCGUACGCGCCGGCGGACGCGAAAGUGGACGGGGGGAGGGCGGGAGUGGGGCGACGGUGAUAUAACGUAAUGAACCCGCCGUGCGGUCCACACGGGAUGACGGGAGGAGAGGGGGGGUUGGUGGUGGCGGAUGAGAGCGAUAAUACGAUUGCGGCCGCAGGUGUGAAAACUCCUGGGUCCGGCUGCGACGACGACACCGCGAGGGCGCGCCGCCGUUAAAACGCGCGAUAAACGCCUCUCGUACGGAACGGUCUGUGCCGCGGGCCUGCGGCACGUACGGCUCGUCUGCUAACCCUAUUUUAUCCGCACUGCCGUUUCGCCGCCGCCGCCGCCUCGUCUACCGCGACCGACCGGACCGACCGCCCGCCAGUCCCGUACGGUCCGCGCGUACCUAUCACCGCGUCACCGCAACGCGAACGGCGGCGGCGGCGGCGGCGGCGGACGGACGGACGGACGGACGGACGGCCCCCGUUUUCGAACGUCGCGCCGCCGUCCGAUUUAAUUGAACGCAAUCACUGCGCUCCCCCCGAGGCUCCGAGGCGACCGUUCCGCGAAUUAAUAACGAUAAUAUUAUUACAGCGUAUAUACGAUAAUAUUAAAACGUCCUGUGGGAAACGCGCGCCGACCGAGUUCUCGUCGUCGUCGUCAUCGGCUGCGCGCCCCCACACCCCGCCCGUCCGUCGUCGAGCGCGGGACCGCCGACGGCCGCGCCGCGGAGGGCGAACGGCGGAAGCGCGGGAGCGGCUAUCUUUUGUCCGGGCGCGCGGGCCCGGGGUUUCGGCGGUCCCUUGUUUUUGUUUCGCGUACAUUGUUUCGCGGGUCCGCGUAUAAUACACGCCGUACGAAUAAAUAUCCAUUUUGUUUGGGCCGGAAUUUACCACGUUAAUUUUGUUGUCAAACCGAUGACGAUAAUUAUUGUUAUUGUAUCGCAUGUAGUUACCAUUUUUCGGGGUCCGCGGAUGAACUGCGAACACCGUUAAAAUAUUCGGAAAUGUCAAACGAAACGACAAGGUCAAAAGUCCGGACAAACACCGUGGACGGGUCCCCGUUGUAGGUGGGGAAACACAGCUGUGUAGCAAAAGGCUGGCCGGCUGAAGGAGGUGUAGGCAAUUUAGUUUGCAAAAAUACUGAAAACCGCAACGAGUAAUCGUAAGUUUUCCAAUCAAAAAAAGACGGACAUACCUUCGCACUCGGGCGGGCCACUGUUGUAGGUGAGAAUUUGGGAAGGUAGAAGGGAAAUUUAAUGUACAUAUGUGCGCAACGAUUAACCAUUGCUAAUGAAAAACGAUUCCGAGAGGAGUUCGGUUAAUAGCAUUACUUUGUCACCAAUAUAUAUAUGUCACAUUAUGGUAAAACGAUUACGCAUGCAUUAUGCAUUUUCUUUAAUAUUAAUUAUGUUUAAUGUUGUGUCUGUUUCUCGUUCUUCCUACGUUUUUCCCGGUUUUUCCAUGUUUUUCCCAUUGAUUGGGAAAAAGCCUGGGAAAAUCAAAAAAUUACUUCCAUAAAGUACCGCCCCGGUCGGAUUCCCUGUUUGAGAAAUUGUCAUCAUUGUAAAUCGGAGCAAAAUUGCUGGUAGAAAAGUUGUCCACGGAAAAUAAAAGCCAACGUAUCGAUAAUAUUAAUGUCAUAUUGCUUGUUUUUUUUUUUAUUUUUUUUUUUUUAUUAUUAAUUAUUAUUAUUAUUAUAACAACAGUUUGUCUUAAUAUAAAGUUUUUUUUUAGGCCGUCAGAUUUAAAAUCCACAUCUUUUAAUACACAGAAUGGAAAAAUAACCGAAUAAAGUUUUCCGAGAGGAAACGUAUAAAUACUUAUAGGUUCUUCGCGCUACGCUCGAAAGCUAAAAUGUGAAACGUUCCUCGCAAUAAAAUAUACUGACCGGUAAAAUUACAGUUUCAAUAUUUUAAGAAUCUGCUUUACAAUAAUAAUUUUAAACGAUUCCUGUCUUUCCUUUAACAACGAUACACGAUGACUUGAGGUCACCGCGGAAAAAUGGCCAUCACCAGAGACGUAGUCUGCGGUUUUUUGGCACCUGAGUGCUUUUUUUUUUUUUUUUUGGCACUCCCCUUUAAUUUUUGAAAAAAAAAGUUUUUGUUUUCAUAAAUGCUAAACGUAUGACCGCAAAAUAAAUAAAUACUUUUCAGUUUUUCAAAGUAAUUUAUUUAACGGUGUAGGUACGGUAUAUUAGUAUACUAUAACUGUGUUCUUUGUACAACUGUUUAAUUACUCAGCACUCGUUCAUAUAUUAAGUAAUACACUGUACGUCAAUACUUAAGACCGUAAUAUAGGCAUAAUUAACGAUUUGUUUCUCCUCGCCUCUCUCACAUACAGCCAAUUAAGUAAUUAGUUUCACGAUUAAUAAAUAUAUAUAUUAACACAUCUAGUAAGUCUACUCAUUGUUGAAAAAAAAUUUAAAAAGUAACAUUACAUAUUAUUAAAAAAAAAAAUGCAUACAGAAUUUUAAGUUGGUCUCUAACUUUUGGGUCUGGACCAACAGGAAAAAACGGUGGAAAAAUAGAAAAAUUCACGAUAUAACGACAAAAACCUUAUGCGUAAAAGUAUACGAAAGGCCGAAUUUUACAAUUGAACGCUUUUCGCCUUUUCAGUUCGGCUAUAAUAAUAAGACAACAACAAAAAAAAAAAAUUAAGUAUUAUUAUAAACUAGAAUUGAGAAUUGAGAACACGAAUUUUAAUGAUGUUAUUAGUUAUAAAAAUAAACGCUACACGGGACAAUAAUCACAAAAAAAGUCAAUUUUUUUUUUCAUUGCGGUACUUACUGCUGUUAAAUUGUGAUACGGUCCUCGUGUGCAAUCGCGAGGUUUAAACGUAUAAUCGUACAGGCCUCGUACUGGUAUUUUUGAGAUUUAUCCGAUUCUCAGCCGGUGGUCGUACAAAUUCCGUAUUCACAUCGCGCGAUCUUAUCAUUCGUGGGCUAAUGAUAAUGAUUGUUGGUCAACUUGGCUGGGAGAAUUUUUCACUGUUUACUCGUUUAUAUUAUUAUGUAGGUAUAUUAAAUUGCAUCGAUAUUGUUUAGACAAACGAGCCCAAGCGACAAUUUAUAUAUUAUCGAAUAGUGACAUUCAAUCUUGGUCUAAGAGAGGUUAGAUAAAUUAGGAAAAUUUUUUUUCUAAUAAUCGAACAUAUUAUUAGGUGCUAAUAAUCAGUAAGAAAAAUAAAAAUCUUUACAAAGUUAAUGGCAGUUAAUUACUAACACUAUUUAUAGAUAACAGUUUAUUACAAAAAUUCUAACCUCCUUUUUUUAUUGUAUGAUAAUUCAACCAGCACUUCAUCAUGGAUAGUUGAAUAGUUUUUGUUUAUUGACAGUAUAGCCAGGCCCGCAAUUUUUUUUUUCCAACAAUUUCUUCCACAGAGUAUCUAUACCGAGUAAAUAUUACGUAAAAAACUCGCAAAAUUAAAAUGUCUAUAAAUAAUUUAAAAACGGUUCAGAUAUUUUGAACAUUUACCACGUAUAUAAAAGGUAAGUAUAAGGUUUUUAUCAAAAUGUCAAGUCUCUAUGAAUAUUUCUCGCUGAAUUAUAACAAAAAAACAACAUUGAAAAUAAUAAAAAAAUUAUUUUCGUAAACAGUCUUAUAAUAAUAAAUCUUUUCUACGUUUUUCCCGGUUUUUCACAAUUAUUAUAAAAACACAUGGAAAAUCAGAAAAUGACCGCCUUAAAGUAUCACUCUAGUAAAAUUGUAUUUUAGAAAAGGCGCUACGCCUGAAAAUCGGAAAAUUUCUGGCAGAAAAACACAGAAAAAAACACUGAAAAAGAAAAUUAUAAAUAAACAUCACUGUAAAAUCAAUACAUUCCGUUCAGAAUCCAAAACUACAGAACACUAAAUACUUAAUAAUUAAAAUUGUUUAAAUUUAGUAUCUAAAUGACACUUUAUAACAUGUUAGAUUUGAAUCAUGGGCGUAAGCGAAAUUCGUAAGGACUAAAUGCCAAUGGUAUAAAAUGUAUGAUGGCUAAACGACGACAUCGGAGGGGGGGAGUAGAACAGGGGAAUUUCCCCGGUCACUUAAACACGUUAGUAUAGUGUAUGCUUUUUCCUCGAGUUGUGGUAAAAUAUUUACCAAGUUGCGUAGUUGUAUGUGAUUUGCCACCUCCCUCCCGAAAAAUUAAGGUUUUGUACCCACCGCCGACCACAAAGGUUCAAACGUCAAACUGCGAAACAACUUAUUAUAAUCAAAGCGGUACAAAAGCGCUUAAAAUUCGAAUUAUUUCUUAAAAACUGUUUAGGAUAUUUUUCGACUACCUAAUUGAAAACUGCGUUACGGCCGGUAAAAAUCUCAAAGAUCACAUUGAAAAUAAACGAUCCGAAUUCAAAAUGUAAAACAACGUGUAUUCGCUCUCCCGGGAAACGUAUAGAAAUGUCAAAUGAGCGAUUUUCGCUUGAACGCCACCGGUACAGGCUGACAGGUAGGGCAAGCGUGUGUUAAUAUAUAUUAUUGUAGUGUGGGUAUCCGUUUAAAGGUGUUGGAUUCCUUACGCAAUAUAAACGGUCUGUUAUCUGGUAAAAUCGAUUCGCACUCACAUCCCUGAUUAAAUUUAAAGUUUCGCAACGAGCUCGCAGCUCUCGCCGUUUCCCGACACGCAACACCAAUUACACAUGGCCAAUGAGCCUCUUAUAGGCGUUUAAUGCCUAUCGCGCCGAACUUUAUUCGCAGUUUCGUUUGCUCCGUUUCCGUACGUGCACGACUGCCCGUCCGCCUGCGCAUGGAUUAUGGGCGUAUAACGUCUCGUUCGCGUUGUUGUGAAAUACAGAGGUAUAUACAGGUAUCGGGCGCGCCUAUCGUCCAGGUACUCGUGAUGCGAUCUAUGAUGGCGCGUUAUACGCGGCACACGCGUGGACGCCCGUUCAUAUGGAAUAAAACGGCAAACGCCGUUUCCCGCAAACGGGGUUCAAUUUAAUUACACAAUGCUCGGACUGGGUGAAACGCCCGCGGCCGGGGCCCGCAUUCGUUUUUACAGAGAUUUUAGCGUACCGCUCCGUGUAAUUAACCCACAGGAACGCUAAGAACGUUUUCGCCGGAUGCGCAUUCAUUUGCAUCUACAACGCAACAACGUUUUACUACUGUUGGCCAAAAUUAAAAUUCGGUUGUUGCGAUCAGCCGAAUCUCGGGGUGGAAAAAUAUCAUAACAAUAUCAAAAACGUUCCGUAUACGAGUGUAUUCCUUAAACUUCCUUAAACAGAUAAGGUAUCUGUCGUUAUACCGUCAGUUUUCCUACUUUUCCGCCUUUUUUUCCGAUUGUUCCAGUUUGAGACCUACCUGAAAUUAUGUAUGGUAUAUUUUUUUUUUUUUUUUACUAACACGUAACGGUUAUUUUUUUAUUUAUUUAUUUUUUUUUUAACAAGGGUAGAUUCACAAGAGGAGUUAGUAACAAGGUAAUGUAUGUACAUAUUAUGGUUUUAUGUAUCGUGAAAUCAAUUACUUAAUUGACUUUAUGUGACGGAGGUGAUGGGCACAAAGUCCCCCAUCGGUCACGGUAACAUUUAUUCUGGUACGGAACGAUUGUUUUUUAAACUAAAACCAUCGUCCGUUGUUAUUUCCCUCCCCUCGCCCACCCCAAUUCGAGCACCGAUUUAAUAUUAACAACGCCAACGCGAAAUAAACGAGAGUCGCCACGAUUUUCCGGGGACGACUCGAGAAUUUUAUAGGGACGCGUCACAUGUGGCUUGAAUACGCGACGCGCGUCGUGUAAACACGCAAUUUCCUCGUCACGCGCCUCUGUGAUUUAUCGCAAUGCGCGCGCAUAUAGCCGCCGACACUCGACCCGGGGACCUAACCCGAGAGAGAAUAAUUCUCUUUCUAUUUGUUCCAAGCGAAAGAAAUUAUAAGUACCCACGCAUAUAAAAAGAAACGUAACUUUUUUUUUUUUCACGGUUUUUUUUCCUAUGCUGUCCGGGUUUCGAUAAUACAUAUAUAAAAUAUAUUAUGUAUAGGUUGACCAGACGGGCCGGUUUUCCGGGAUUGUCCCGGUUAUCAAAAGUUUCUCCGGUCAUCCCGAAAAUCUUUAUCGGGACUUCAAUACGUCCCGGAUUAAUGCGGUAAUGUGAACUCGUACAACGUUAUGUUAGAAUUUAUAUAAUCUUUACGGUACCUAUUUUUAUAACCUUUUUAACUUUUUUACGGUUUUUUUUAGUUUUGAUUAUAUUAUUUAUUUGGCCGUUUAAACACACGACGGUAAUAUCGGAUGUAAGUCGGUAUUAUCCUAUCUAUUUAUGGAAUUUAUUUGUUCGUAUUUGUAAAUUUCAUAUAGACAAUAGGCGAUAGUCGAUAAACAUUUAUACAAUAAAUUAUAAUUUUAAGUUAUUAACGUUGUUUACAUUAUUACGUAUUAAACCAUCAAUAAGAUUGAGUAGUAUGAUGUGUAUGAUCACGAGAGUUUAUUUUUUAUUAUUUCUUGGUGUUCGUUCUCAUUUCACCUAAUCUAUUUAAUUGUUUACUAUAAUAAUUUAAUAUAAAUGCCUAAACGUCAGUGUAAUUAUAAAAAUGAUUAUUCUGAAAAAUGAUUUUUUCAUAAAAAAAAGGUCGUUAUGAAACAGAAGUCGAAUGUACACUGUGUCAUUUAUUUUUAAGUAUUGGACAUGGUGGUCGAUCUGAUAUUACGGAUCAUUUAAAAUUAAAAAAACAUGAAUUAAAAAUAAGUGCUGCAGGUUCUUCAAAAAAAAUCGAGUCUUUUUUUGUAAAACCUAAUUCAAAUGAAGAAACUAAAGUUUAUGCAGCUGAAUUAACUGUUAAUUCCAAAUACGGUUAACAAUAAAUUUAAAAAUAUUAUACAUCCUAAAAUUGCAUAAUUCAUGUUGUAAAUUAGAAUACCUAUCUAAAUUAUACAUUUUUUUUAUUCAAAAUAAUUUUCUCUUUAUGAUACAUAUUUUAUUUGUCCCGGUUUUUCUUUUUAAUAAUCUAGUUACCCUAAUUAUGUAUUAUAUGUAUACACAUUAUACACAUUUGGUUACGAUUAUCUGCCCGGAUAACCGUAAUAACCGUGGUCAUGGCUGAACCCGGAUAUACCUCUGGAUAUACUAUAACUAGCUGCAGUUGUAUUAUAUACUCAUACUCUCCGUACAAAUUUGCUUGAAGCCGCAGUUUUUUUUUUUUUUUAAGCAAUGAGUGUUAUCAUUUUCUUAUCUCUAAUUCUGUUGUAUCUGUCUUUUUACCGUUGUUACCGCGGUUACCAAGACCGCGUUUUUCCUAAUAUUACACAAAUAUAACUACAGUUAUCAUAACAUAAAAGUGUACGAUAAAGCUAACGGGCAUCGAAUUAAAUGGCGGAUUCAAAAUGUAUGUAUCACCAUGUAUUAGUAACCAAGUUUAUUCGGUUUAUGUGUCUGUGUAGCUAAAUAAUUGUGUAUGAUUGCAAAGUGGGCAUUAGUAUACACACCGAAAUGUAAAUAUAAUAUUGAAAUUCACAGAAAGUAAACUUGACUGGCAUCCGCCGUGCUGUAAUUAUUGUAAUGAAAAUCAGUGCCAGAGACGGCCAUCAUGACAGCUGCUGCGUAUCACAAAGUUGCUAUCGUACCUAUACCUAGUUAUCCAACCAUGUGUGUUAUAACAUAAAGGUAAAACAAUAAAUGAGAAAAUCUCGGUUCACGGAUUGGUCAAUGGAAACGAAUUUCAUAGAGUGGCCGGUAUGUAGGCACGUCGAAAAGGUCAUGAAACGCCAUCAUACCGCCGUCUCAAGUUUAUACACUUUCCGGGCUUUACAAAAAUAAACUUUUAAUACAUAAUGUUAUUAGAUUGUGUGCAUGUAACUAUCUACAUGAAACACACUACUUUUUCAAAUUAACGCCAUCCGCAUAAAAAAUACGAUAUAAUAUUACAUGAUACUGGUAUAUUCAACGGAGUAGCGAGGGGAAGGGAGGUUUUAAAGGUGUAACCACAAUAACUCUAAAAUUUUAACUGGCUAAAAAAAAAAAUAAAUAAAUAACAUACAUAGCUCAAAAAUAUUUUAAAAAUUGGACCACGCCUACAAAGUGCUAUCUAAAAAAUAAUAUACUCGAUGAAAAUGUCAGGUCUCUAUGAUUAUUAUUUGAUAUUUCUAAUUAAAUUACGAGUACAAUAAUAAAACCAAAUAGAAAGUAAUAAUAACAGUUAUUCAUUAAUUUUCGUUCGGCGUUCGCCAAUGUUUUCUCGGUUAUUCCAAAGAAUAUUGAAAAAAUGGCAUCCUCAAUGCACCAACAAAGAAAAAUUGUCUACUAGAAAUAAACCCUAAAGUUGAUGAUCGGAGCAAGCAUUUUGGUAUAAAAAUUAUAAACACACAAAAGAAAAAAUCACCCUUUACAUUCAUCACUACACUCAGAAUACAAAAUGUUUUUGUUAUUUAAUUUGUUAAACUGAUAAUAAUUAUAAUUUAUUUCUUAGACAUCAAAUAAAAAUAGAAUAUGUUCUGAUGUAUUUUCAAUAAAUACUAAUUUUAAGUGCCAAUAAUUUAUUUACUUAUCGUUUUAUUUUUUCAAUGAUUUUACUGAGUUUGACAUCUCGUCUAUAUAGGUCAAAUUUAAUAAUUAAUAUUUGAUCCCCUUCCAUUAUCCAAUUAAGCUGACGUUUUACACACAAUUUUAGUUUCUAGGACAAAUCAAAGUAAAAAAUAUCAAACAUGAAAUUAAAAUAAUAAUUAAUAUUAUUUCUAAUUAAAAUCAAUUGUUUAAAAAGAAAAAAAAAAUAUUUUUUUAUCUCAAUUAAACAGACAAUUGUUCAAUCUAUUUUUAUUUAACAACUUAAAAUAAUAUAUUGAAGUUUUAUAUCCAACAUUAUUAUCGUUAUAUGUACAUAUAUUAAAAGUUAAAACUUAUAAAGAACAAUCAAAUCAACUAUAAACUGAUAGGUAAUUAUUUUCGAAGAUAUUAAAUUUAGUUAGUUUUUUAGGUACUUUAAGAUAAGUUUGAGAAACGUGAUAAAAAAAGUUUAACUAUAAUAAAAUUCUAUAGAAUAAAAUAACCCACAUUGGUCAUUAAAAACCACAACUUUUUUAUUUUUCUAAUAAAUAAUCCACGAGAUACAUCAAGACGUAAACGAUAGAUGAAUUAAAAUUAAAAUUAAUCAUAAUCUUAAGUGUGGCUGUUUAAAUUUGUAUUUAAAUAAAACAUUUAAUUCAAAAGAUUUAACUUCUAUUACGAAAACGAAAAUCUAGAGUACAAAAAGACUAUAUAUUUGUAUCUAUUAGAGUCCAAAACAAGAAAAAAAAACAUAAUAAAAUGUAAUUUUAAUUGUUUACGUUUGGUUAAUUUGUAUAAAUACAAAUUUUUGUAUAUUUUAAUUAUUUGUAUGAUGACAAAAUGUUAUUAUUUUUUUUUUUUUGAAAUAAUAGCUCUAAGUCUUUACUAGACUCUUUACUAGAUAGCAUAAAUAAUACCCACUCGAUUUGAAAAAAAUUAUUAUAUGAAUUACAAAACUUUUAAACUUUGGUGGUUUUCCUAAAACAUUUUUAAUGUUAUUAUAAAAUCGUAUUAAGGGUUUUCAAAAAUAUUUUCUACUACAUGUUACUCAUGUAGAUAAAAAAAAUAGUAUUUAAAUAGUAUUUAAUUUUCAUUAAUAACAAGUAACUGAUUUACUUUGGACAUAUUGAAAUAUGUCAUAAUUUUCUAGAAAUUAUUAAAUACAUUAAAUAAAAUAACAUAAAAAUACCGGUUUAAAUGAAGAAAAAUGAAGUUAAAUAAUAUAGAAAAAUCAAUUUUACCCAAUAUAAUUACUAUAAACUUUCUACUCUUUUCAUUUAAACUUCAACUAAUUAUUGUAUAAUAGCUAUAUAAGUUUUGAUUAUAAUAAUUAUUACUCGGUGUAUUUAUCUUAAUAAAAACUAUAUCAUUCAUUAUUUGAUGAAUGUACCUCAAGAUUUCCAGAAAUGUUUUUAUAUUUGAAUAUCAAACAGUGAACUAAAUAAUUAUCAUUUGAAAACAAAUGUUUAUAAUAUUUCAUUUAUAAGUCGAGGUGCAUUAAAAAAACUCAAUUUAAAAAUGGCAAAUAUACAUUUUUAAGAAUUUAAAAAAAAAAAACCCAAUUAACUUAAAUGCAUUCAAAAGUAAUUGUUGGUUUGUAUAGUUGAUGAGUUCGUCUGCCGCAAUACAUACGGCGCAGUGAACUUGCGGGAAUAUUUUCUAGUUAAGUCCCCAAAGCCAAAAAUAAGCAAAUUCAAAAAAAAUAUAAUAAAUAAUAACAUUUAUUUAUGGUUAUGAGCCAGACCGAAGGACAUAUUAUAUUAUAUUGCGUUAUAGAAUUUUACAUUAAAAUUAUAAAACAAAAUAAUAAAUAAAUAAACAAAUAAUACUAUAAUGAAAUUAUUCACAUUUUUAUCGUUGUCAAUUUACUAUUAUCGUCUGAGUAAAAUAUAUUAUUAUUAUCUUAUCCGAAAAAAAAAAUUGGCUUUAUGGUAAGAUUAUUCAAAGUUAUAAUUUAUGGGACAAAUUUAUGACAAAGUCCCUCACAAGUUCGUGUAUAUGUCUUUUUAUAAUCCUCCCUGGAGAGAAAUUGAAAGUACGCCACUAACCCAAUAUAACGCCAAAAUCCAUAGAAACUUAGGACAAAAUAUAUGUAUGUAAUAUAAUAAUACAUAAUAGCAAGUAUAACAUCUUUUUAUUUAUAAUGUGGUUUUAACGCGUACCAAUGUGCCGUGGCCAAAACCUAGCUGAUUGAACACGAGUCAGCUAGUGAUUAAUUUAUUAGGGGUCGGCUUACCAACUAUUAAUCAUUCUCGAAAAGCUCUCACCUUUGCGACAGAUUAAUGUAAAUUCCGUACCCUCUUUGCAAUAAUAUUCUACAGGUAUUCGACACAUUUUCUAAGUUGAUAAUUUUUCACUUUAACACGAUAUUUACAAAAUACUGGGAUUAUCGCACAAAAAUGUCUUUCUAUACUUAAUUAAAAUUUUAAAAAAUACCGGGCAUAUUUUAUUAAAUUUAUUCACGCAAUAUAUUACUUCAAUAUGGAAUGCGAUAUUGGUGUACGAAUUUUAAAAUUGUACAGUGGAUUCAUAUUAAUGUUAUUCGAAUAAUAAAACUAUGAAUAUUAAACAAAAAGUAGUUAUAAUCAAUAUCAAAUGGUAAUUUAAAUGGUAUUUAAAAAAAAACUAAAAGUUUAAAGUCAAUUAUUAUGUAUAGGUAUUGUGCAUAAAUUUAGUGGAGAUAUUUAAAAGUACACCGUGCAAUAAAAAUGUGAAAACUACAAGCACUGUUUUUACUACGUUAUACCCUUAUAUUUGCAUAGAUAAUGUGUAUAUUACUACUUUUAUAUAUUUAGUUUACUUUCGAAACUAAUACACACAGUUUUCGUAAAAAAUUGUAGUAUAGUGAUGGAUUAAACAUUAAACAUAAAGAAAGAUUUAUGAUUUUUUUCAAAUUUAGUUUUAAUACCCAUACCUACACACACUAUAUAUUCAAAUUAAAUUGUUAUAAUAAAAUUGUGUUUUUAUUUUUAGGUAGAAUGGAUCAUUGCAAUAAAACCGUUGAUAUCUACGAAGAUAUCACUAGCCCAGAAGUAACAUCAUACAAUUUUGGCAGACCUCUUUACUGCUCAUACAAAUUUCGGUCUUUCAAAGGCACGCCUAAAGACUAUAUUCUUCGAAUUAGGUUUAAAAAAUUUAAAUUCGGUGUUUUAGUCAACGGGACGUACUGUCAAGGAGGAUUUAUGCAGGUAACAAAUAUCUAUUAUAAUUUAACUAAAUUCUAUAUCUUGUAUAUUAAUAAAUUCAUAUAACAAAUAAUAAUAUUCCUUUAGGCCAAUGUCCGACGAUUGGAAAAUUUGAUUUGUAGGUUAGAAUUAAAUUUGUUUGGCUUAAAUAUAAACCUAUUUUUAGUAAAAUUUAAAAAAAAUCACACUAACUCUUAACAAAAUUAAAAAGUGAUACUUAUUUUUCUGUGUGUUUUUAGAUGAUAAUUAUUUAUAGGUUAUAACAAGGUAGGUGUGUACGAUACGAUACAUUAGAAAUUUAAAAAAGAAAAAUAGUUUUUUUUAAAAAGUAGGAAUAGUUUUUAUGAACACUUCCCUUAAAUAAGUUAUAUUUUGGUACAUGUCUUUAACCGUAUUAAUAUUCUAACACUGACUUCAAAAGUAAAGUAAUAAUGAAUAAUAGAUUUUCAACUACAUGGUACGGUAUUACUGAAGUUGGGUAUUACACAAUAUUGCGAAAAGGUUAAAUCAUAUAAUGAUUAUAAUAAAUAAUAGUUGUACCUAUACCUACUUUAUAAAAUAGACGAGAAAAAGAAUCAUCUAUAAAUUAUUAAUACAUGUAUAUUUACAAUCUUAUUCAUUAAAAGUAUUAUCGUCAUUUUUUAGAAUAUAAUUUCCAGAAUAAUAUUCACAAACAUCUUAUUUUCUGCAGCAAUAAAAACUUCUUCCUUAUUUGUAUGAAAAAAAAAAAAAAGAGAAAAAAGAAAGAAAAGAAGGUGAAUAUAAAAACAAGUUUCUCUUUACCCUAACGACUGUCCGGGGAAUAAAAUUCCACACUUAAUUAUUCCAGUUCACAACAAAUUGUACCAAGGUUUAGACAUUCUACUUUACACUUUAAAAUAAGGUUUAUGUUUAUCGGUUGGUUUUUAUUAUUAUUUUAUGCGUAUAUAUAUUAUAUUAUUGUUUAAAUAAUGAAAUCAGUAAAACUCGAUUAGCUUCAGACGCCUACAAAUCUUAUAAUAUUGUCCGUGUUUAACAAAUUUACAUUAAAUAGAAUUGAUAUUAUGCAUACUAUAAAAUUAUAAUAUCGCCUAUAUACAAAUCAAAUACUAUCGAUUAUAAUAUUUGUAAACGAAUUAAAUUCAUCGAAUUGCCUACCAAGUGAUAUAUUAUUAGUACGUUGCUUGGAAAAUAACCAACCAAUUUACUAAUCAGUAAAUAUAUUGUGUAAAUAUUUGUACCUAUAUAAUUUACUGUACCUGUGCCUAUUGAAUUGUAUUAUUUGUCUGUAAAUAAUAAAUUCGCAAUAUUAAACGUAUUAUAAUAGUUAAUUGUCCAAAUAAAAUUCUCAAACGGAAUAUUUAAUUUUGUAGUCAUACGACAGUCAUCGUUUUCUCGUAAACACGUAAAAUAAUAUUUGGUUCAAAAACAGCUUAAAUUUAUAUAUUGAUACGUAGAUGACAGCUAAAAUAUAUAAUUUAUAAAAUACACGUAUUAUAUAUAUACACGUACAUAGAGAGAGAGAGAGAGAGAGAGAGAGAGAGAGACCAUUUUUAUUUAUUUUUUUUUUUUUGAAACUCGAUAAAGCGUAUAAUAAUUUAUUCGAUAUUUUCGACUGUUCAUAAAUCCUUAUAUUUUUCAAUUUCAGUCAACAGUAAAUAAUAUGAAAUAUUCUAAUUGAUAUUCGAUUUUGGAAAAAUCAGAGAGAAAAUAUUAUAUUCACAAUAAUUAUAAUACAUGAAUGUCUUUAAUAUUAAUACGGAAAAACUUUGCCUAUCAUUUAUCAUAAUCACAAUCAAUAAACGAUUAUUAUAAUAUAGGACAUUGUUCGUGAUUAUAUCGUGAAUUAUAAUAGUACCGUUUUAGAACUUGACUUUGUCGGAUAAACAAAAAUAAACAUAUAAUAUGAUAAAAUGGUUUUUUUUUUUUCGAAAAAUCUAUACACAAUGCGUACAUCGAAUAUUUGAUUAGAACACUGUGAAUGUAUAUUAACAAUAUUAAUUGCGACCAAGAGCAUACAAAUAACGCAAUUUCGGAUUUUUAAAUCGUGGCACUAUAUCAGCAAUAAUUGUUAUUGUUAUACGUGGGUACGUGUCAAAUAGUCAAAUACGAAAUUUUGAGUAGACUAUUGCAUCUACCUACAUUGGCUGUCUACAUUUUCCAUACAUAAUAAGCACCAUUUCAUCAUAAAUUUAGAAUUUUUUUUUUUCUUUUCUUUUUUGUAUUAUGUAUUUACAAACACAGAUAUGAUAUAAAAAAAAAAUAAAUUUAUGAAGUGGCGCUUACUUUGUUUUACAAAUAGACAACCGGCAUGCAAAGUGUAGUGAAAAAAAAAAAAACAAACCCAGUCGGACUGAGGAAAAGUGAAAAGUUACGAAAACAUUUUAUAAAUAUAAACGAGAAAAUAUGAAAACAAUUGAGAAAAACUUUACCCCCUUUAGAAUUUGUCUCGUCUUUAAUUUUCGCGCCCAAGGGCAAAACCAUUAUGGUACGCCUUUAUUAUAUAAGUUAGACGGACACUAUAUAUACUCUCUAACAGGAUAUCGUAGUUUUUGGGGAGAGUUGAAAAGAAAUCGCUCGGUGACAUAAUAAGAUAAAAAAAAUCUAAACAUCUCUCCAGCGACACUGUAUUUUCUUUAGACCCGUUAUUUUUUCUCAUAAAUAUUUUGCAUAUGAAUCGAAUACAAAAUCGCAACCCACCGUCUGCAGGUCAAAAGAUAAUGCUUAUCUCGGUGAAAGUAUUGAUGUUUUAGUAUUCAGUAUGAAUAAACCCUGA